AUGCAGGAGAAGCCGCCUGGAUGCACGACCGUCUUCUGCGGAAAUUUGGCGUUUGAUAUCGACGAGCAGGCACUUCGAGAGGUCAUGGAGCCAUGCGGAGAGGUCAAGAACAUCCGGUUGGCGACGGACAGAGAGACGGGACGCUUCAAAGGCUUCGGUCACGUCGAGUUCUUUGAUACCGAGAGCACAGAGAAGGCUGUGGCACUGGGAGGAACGAAGGUGAUGGGUCGCAUCCUGAGGGUAGACUAUGCGAUGGUAAGGGCAGCAGAAGCGAUAGAUUACAGGCGUUGA